AUGAAGGUGAAAAGAUUAAAGAGGGCUAACCGAAUUUUAACGUUCUUCAAGUACAACUAUAAGAUUAUUCCACCCUUCAGGGUUCUGGUGGACGGGACAUUUACAAAUGCUGCUCUUGCAAAUAAAAUAAAUCUUCGGGAGCAGUUACCGAAAUAUCUAGGCGGAGAUGUUGAAAUCGUGACUACGAAAUGUGUACUUGCCGAGCUUGAAAGCCUUGGAUCACCUGUUUAUGGAGCGCUUGUGAUUGCUCGUCAGUUCGACGUGGAUGUUUGUCCGCAUACUCCUAGCCGGCCAGCAGCUGAGUGCCUUGCGCAUCUUGCUAGGCGUGCUACCAAAGGGAAAACAAGAUAUGUCAUUGCUACCAAUGACGACUCGCUAUCAGAGAAGUUGCGUACGAUUGCUGGAACACCUAUCCUCUACAUAAAAUACAACGCCAUUCUGCUCGAUCGAGUGUCAGAGAUCUCAAAAAAUGCCGUGGAUGAUAUACACAAAAACGAACUUGAAAGCCUUAAAGCAAUCAAAGCGGCAGUGUUAGGUGAACAAACCGUCAAAAAGAAGAAGAAGAAGAAAAUAAAGGGCGCUAAUCCGCUGUCUUGCAAGAAAAAGAAGAAAGUCAUCAACCCAGUAGUGCCCGUAAAGACAGGAGAGCGAACUGCCAGUGGCAAAAGGAAACGAUCAAAACGGAAACCAGCCGCAACAGCUUCUCCGCUUGAAGGUGCUCAGGCAUAG